GAGAGAUUUGUUUGUUUGCUUAAUCAGCUAUGAGCGCGAGGCAAAGGCGCGUCGUCUUGCCGGAGGGAAUGGGCGGGAAGGAUAGCUGCAAUCGGAAUUCCUAAGAGCUACUGGUUCGAACGAAUCAAUGUAAUUCGAUAUUGUUUGUAAGUUGCAAGAAUUCGACGAAGAUGAGCGGCAGCUUGAACGACGAUAGUUUCCAUCAAGAUCUUCAACCCCGAGCCAAUAAUGUUUCCGACUAUUUAUCGCACCAGCUUCAACCUCCGCAGCCGCCGCCUCGUCGUCCUCGUGGUUUUGCCGCCACCGCUGCUGCUAUAGGACAGACAACUUCCACGGCUUCUGCUACUGGCGGCAAGGCAAAGAGAGAGAGAGAGAAGGAAAAAGAGCGGACGAAGCUUCGUGAGCGCCAUCGCCGAGCCAUUACUAGUCGAAUACUGGCGGGACUCCGCCAGUAUGGUAACUUCCCCCUUCCUGCUCGCGCUGAUAUGAAUGAUGUGCUGGCCGCGCUUGCUAGGGAGGCUGGUUGGGUUGUCGAGGUCGAUGGCACCACAUACAGGCACUCCACUCCGCCUUCUCAGUCCCAAGAGGCAGCAUUUCCUGUAAGGUCAGGUGAAAGCCCUAUCUCAUCCGUUUCUUUUAAGAGUUGCUCUAUUAAAGCAGCUUUAGAUUGUCAGCCAUCUGUUCAUAGAAUUGAUGAGAGCUUAUCUCCAGCAUCUUUAGAUUCGGUUGUUAUCACGGAAAGAGAUGCAAAGAAUGAGAAGUAUGCAGCUUUGAGCCCUCUUAACUCAGCUCACUGCCUGGAAGAUCAGCUUAUACAAGAUAUUCGCCCUAGGGAGAAUGAGAGUCAAUUCGGAGGCACUCCUUAUGUCCCUGUUUAUGUAACGCUUUCAACUGGUUUUAUAAACAACUUCUGUCUGUUGAUUGAUCCUGAUGGCGUUAGACAGGAGUUAAGUCAUUUGAAAGCACUAAAUGUUGAUGGUGUUAUUGUGGAUUGUUGGUGGGGUAUCAUAGAAGCUUGGAACCCACAGAAGUAUGUGUGGUCUGGCUAUAGAGACCUUUUUAACAUCAUACGAGAAUUCAAGCUGAAAUUGCAGGUUGUGAUGGCAUUCCAUGCAUGUGAGGGAACUGAAUCUGGUGAUGCAUUUAUCAACCUCCCACAAUGGGUUUUGGAGAUAGGGAAGGAAAACCCCGAUAUAUUCUUUACAGAUCGUGAAGGAAGGAGGAAUGAGGAUUGUCUAUCUUGGGGCAUUGACAAAGAGAGAGUUUUAAGAGGAAGAACUGGCAUGGAGGUCUAUUUUGACUUCAUGCGAAGCUUUCAUACUGAGUUCAAUGAUUUGUUUGCUGAGGGUUUUGUCUCUGCGAUUGAAGUAGGACUGGGGGCAUCUGGAGAGCUAAAAUAUCCUUCUUUCUCAAAAAGAAUGGGAUGGAGCUAUCCUGGUAUUGGUGAGUUUCAGUGUUAUGAUAAGUAUCUACAACAGAGUCUGCGCAAAGCUGCUGGGCUUCGUGGUCACUCAUUCUGGGCUAGAGGACCUGAUAAUUCUGGACAAUACAAUUCUAGACCACAUGAAUCAGGGUUCUUCUGUGAACGAGGUGAUUAUGAUAGUUACUAUGGGCGCUUUUUCCUCCAAUGGUAUGCGCAGAUGCUGAUAUAUCAUGUAGAUAAUGUCUUGUCUCUUGCAAGCCUUGUCUUUGAGGAAACAAAAUUUAUCGUUAAGAUUCCUGCAGUUUAUUGGUGGUACAAAACUUCUAGUCAUGCGGCAGAGCUCACAGCUGGGUUUUAUAACCCCUCUAACCAAGAUGGUUACUCCCCUGUUUUAGAUGUUCUGAAGAAACACUCUGUAAUAGUCAAACUCGUAUGCUCUGGCAUGCCAGUUACUGGUCAGGAAGUGGAUGAUGCAUUGGCUGAUCCAGAAAGUUUGAGUUGGCAGAUUUUAAAUUCUGCUUGGGAUCGAGGCUUAGCUGUAGCUGGUGAAAAUUCCCUUUCGUGCUAUGACAGAGAAGGACAUAUGAGAAUUAUUGAUAUGGCAAAACCGAGGAAUGACCCUGAUCGCCAUCAUUUCUCUUUCUUUGCAUAUCGUCAGCAGCCUGCUGCUUUGAUUCAAGGAGCGGUUUGCUUUCCGGAGUUGGACUACUUCAUUAAGUGCAUGCAUGGCGAGAUAGUAGACGAUUUGGUGCCCUGUUGAAGUGCAAAAUUCUUACUCAUACAUGGAUUGCAAACUGUAGCUACCGUUCUAGACAUGUUCAGGUAAAUUAUUGUCAUCUCAAACCUCGUAAAAGAGCAUAGUGAUUGUAAAUUUCAUCUUCUAUGCGUCGUUUUUUAAGUUGCUGCCUUUGAAUGAUGAACCCAUUAGAGUUUGUUAGUGACCGUUCAGCUGGGAAAAUUUAGUUGGUUUAAAAUAUAUAUCAUGGCUUCAAACUUCAACCCCAUUUAUAUCUGUCCAGAAAAAAAGGAAAAAAAAUCCCUUAGCUUUGUGGUUGAUGUCUUCAACUUCUCUCUCUAGAAGUUGUGGUUAACCUUCAAGCUUAUGGAUGAGAGUCGAUGUUUAAGGUAGAGAGAGCUAUGAAAUAUAAGAUCAUUUUUCUUUCAUGAGGGUUUUCAAGAAUAGGUAAUGACUUUGGAGUCAACGUGGACUAAAAUCUUGCCUUCCUUUCCUUUGUCUCCCAGAUUUGUACACUUUUAGUUCUUAGACUCUUAGGUUAGUGAGUAAUAUAUCUUUAAAUGAUCUAAUAAGCCUUAAGCUUACUAUACAGAAAAAGACUUGAUAAACAUUUUUUAGAGUUUUAAGAGAAAAAACAGGAAGAAAAAUCUAGUGGUUGGGGUAAAGAACUCUUUAUCUUCUCUCUUUAGAAAUCUUGGACACUCUCACUCAUUACUACAAUGGAGAGAAUCAGUUUUUUUAGAGUUAAAAUUGCCAUUGGUGUUUACCGAUUCUUUUAGGCAUAAACUAUAAUUAACAUUAUGUACCAAUCCUGGGGAGAGAGCUGUUAUUGAACGGCCGAAGGGCUCGAAGUUCUCUCCCUAACAUUUUUUUAUCAUUUUGUUAAAUGGUUUUUUUUUUUCAGUUAAUUAAUUAAAGACAACACAUUUUGAUUUCUUAGCUUAUAGAAAAUAAUGAAGUGAAAUCAUGUUUGGUAAUGUUUAUUUAUUUAUUUUUAAUGUUUGCAGCAGUUAGAGAAAUAUAAGAGGGAAAUUUAUGGGGUAUCAACAUUGGUAGAAAUUUAUGCUUCGUAGAGAUAUAAAUGCAGUAAAAGGUAAUUAAAGAGAGAAAGUUACAGGGAUGAAAUGUUAGGAAGAAAGAAAAGCUUAGAGAGAAAGCAAAGGGAAAAGAUAAGAGAGGGG